GUCCCGACCCAUACAAAAAGCCAUCAUUCCUUCAAAGUCCCGGCCCCUCAUCAAGGGAUCAUCAGCCAAGCAAAUCAGAGAAUUCAGAAAUGCAUAUUUCCUCCGUCGCCAUCCUCGCUCUCCUCGCCUCUGGGGUUGCAGCUCAACACAACGUCCGAAUCCAAGGGACAAACGUGAAUGCUCGCGAGUGUCCUCAUACGGGUUGCAAGUCCCUCACCAAACUUUCCAACAAGACCGUAUAUGGCGUUUGUCAGACUAGAGGUGAACUGGUGAAGAAUUCCAAUGGUUAUGAAAACGAUUGGUGGAGCAAGGUCGUUAUCGGCGCUUCCAAGACCGCUUGGGUGAGCAACUUGUACAUCCAAGGAGGAAGGAAGAUCGCCGGCAUCCCCGACUGUUCUCCUUGCAAGCAAGAGUCGUGCUGAGUGAAUAAAGGAGGAAUAUUGGGGGAAUUCUGAAGCAUGGGAAACUUAGGAGACGAUAUUCAUGUCUCUUAGAAGGCAGAUGGCUGUGGCUGAGGUAGAUGCGCCAAUGGAAGGAAAUAUCGAGAUGGUCUUAUGAGAACAAUCGGCGGAGCGUC